AAACCGACGACGCUUUCCGCACAAAAAAUUCACAACUAUCGUGAAGAAAACACAUCGUAAUGAAUGACUGCUAAUCAUCGUUAUCUGGUGUCCGGUAGCUGGCUCAGCUUGAGAUGGGUAAGAAAGGGAAGAAGAAGGGGAGUGGCAAAAAGAAGGGGAGUGGCAAGAAAGGAGGCGGCAAAAAGAAAUCCACAGAGCCUCAGAUGACCAUCAAAGAAGCCAUCUUAGCCUACCAGAUUAACAUAAAAGAGGAAGCACUGGAGGAGUUCAUGUAUGAAAUCAAAGGACUUGAAGAUAAGAACCAAAAACAUAAAGAAAGGAAUGAGCGUUUGAAGGAAGAGCAACUGUACCAUAUCCGCACUCUCCUCAAACAGGCGAAGGAGAGGGACUCUGAACUAGAGCAAGUUAGCGUGGUCAAUAAGGAACAUGUAGAGGCCGCUAUGAAGGAGAAAUGGAAGGCAGCCAAGGAGGAAGAUGCACAAAUUGAAGAUCUGAAGAAGCUGAUUGUGGAGAAGGAGGUUGAGUUAGAGCAAGCCCUGGUCACGGUUGAAAAGUGGCUGGAGUACAAGAACAAAGGUCAACAUGAACACGCCAAGCAGAUCAAGAUAUUAGAACAAGAACUAGAAGAUAUGCAAUAUAGCUUUGAUGAUAUGAAAGCUCAUUUGGAGAAAACCCUCUUUGUGGCCAAGGAUGAGAUUCACAAAUCUACAGAGGAGAGAUUGACGGAGCAAAAACACAUAGCCUCACAGAAAGCAAUGACAACGAUGGACAAAUGGAGCACACAGGAAGUGAAGGACAACAAAUGGUUGAAGAAAGAGGCGGAGCUUCACCGGGCAGAGACCAAGCUUCUUGUGUUGGAGGUUGAGGACUUAGAAAAGGAGAACUUGGAGAUUAUGAGUGGACUCUUUGACUGUCGCAUUGAAGACCUGAAAAUAUCAAGGAAUUUCUACUUGACCCAGUUUGGUGAAGGGGAUGAUGUGGAUGAUGCAGGAAUACUAGAGGAAGACCUCGCCCAAAUGGACAUGGAAGGUAGCGAGAAACCCUUGGCAAUAGGGGGCACUGUAUCAGGUUCCAGAAGGCCUCGUCCAAAGAGCGCCACCCAGAGGGCAGUUGAAGCCAAGGUGUUUUCCUUGGCCAUCAAGGAGGAGUCCGAUGAUGAAGAGGAGGAGGAAGAUCUUGGAGGGCGGGGCAUUCAGGAAUGGGCGGACGGAGACGAGGCAGGAUUGGAUAACUACUUGGAGUACGAGGAUGAAAAUAUUGAUGAUUAUCUCAACCUUGGUCCUGUGGAGUUGAAACUUCUCAGAGUGACCGGUCAUAAGAUGACUCUCCAGCGCCCUAAGAAACUGACCGAUGAGGAGGCAGAAGCUAAGCUGUCUGCUCCUGAUGUCUGGCCUAUCACUCCACAGAUGCUCAAGACGGUGACGGAGACAUAAUGGGGCAUAGUCCGACAACAAGUGUGUGAAUAUUGUAUAUUGGUAAAAAUUAAACGUAUAUACGGUGUUUAUGAGGUAGGCUAGCCUUAAGGUCGUAUCCUAAUUGACAACUAUGGCUAUGAAUACGCCUAUUGCGAAGGAAGUCCUAAACUUCAACAACAAAAUGAUGACGUGGAGCACUCAGCUGUAGCCGCCAAUUCGGACAUGAUCUAAUUUAAGAACUGAAAUCAGAUGCAAGAUUGUACAAGACACUUAUCCAAUUACCCAAUUCAGCCUCGCUACCAUGGGUUUAUCGAUCCCUCUCUCAUUGUUGUAAUUCGGCCUUUGUGCUGCGAGGACAGUUUUUUAAUAAACCAUUUGUGACCCGCUACUUGAAAAUGAGUCAGAUG